CUGGGAUUCAAUCGACGACGCAAGACAUCAGAAGACAUCUGAAAGAGCAUCACGCCCGCCCUGAUGGUGGGUAUGUCCUCGACGAUGUCCCUCUCGACUUCUGUCCGUGGCCUGGCUGCAAGACAGGCCAGAAGAGCUCGGACACAAAACGAUCAGCAAAGGAGCAAUCAAAGAUCCGGCACAUCCUUGAUAAGCAUGGGGAUGAGGGGCUCUGGAGUUGCCGUUCUUGCAAUAGUACUCUAUCCAAGUCGAGGCGGAGCAUGCGGAGACACAUACGGGGCUGCCUUCAACGCAAAGGAUACCGGCCUACAAUACAGGAUGGUACAACAUUCGAAGCGGAUAGCAAUGCUUCCGCGUCCGACAGCGCCACAACCGCUACACCAACGAACACGGGACCCAACGCCAGCGACGGCGUGGCGUACGGAUCUUGGCGACACAGCGCGGGCCCCGAGCACAAGAUGGACGCAGGGGCUAAUCCUCCCGUUCAGAAACUGCAACUCUUCAGCGUCGAGUUUGAUGUUGAGGGUACCCGCCGAAUUGUACGCAUUCCAGACGAUGACGACGAGCCAGAGGAGCUCAGACACUCGUUCUCACCGGACACCUACGAGCUCGACCUACAUAGGCCCGAGGACGCGUCGCCCGCUUUGAGCGCCGCGAGUGGAUCUACCCCCCAGGUGCCCGUGGACGAGCCAUUCUUUCUGAGGGCACUCCAGCAUGCUCCCCUCGAGGCCGAGCGCUCGAUGGUGCCGGUCCACUGGCAGGGUAUCCGCGGGGAAGCGAUUCAGAACACUCACGUCAGUGCCGGACCUUCUGCCGGUAUAACGCAAGGGGCCUCUCGGGUUGACCCGCCGUUGCCCUUUGGCAGCGCGGAGGUAGCGGAGUGGAAUUUCGACCCGUCCAUCCACCAGCUCUUGGCCGAGAACACCGUUGACAGCCUCCCAUUCCACCGGGCUGAUUGGUCGUACGGUUCUGUCGCCAAUGACCCCCUCGGCGGCGCCUUCGUAUCCUUUGGUGGUCUCCCUGCCAAUGCCAUGCUCAACCCUACCAGUCCCGCUGUUGUGCUGGACGAUGUGUUCUUCGCAGAGCUGAAUGCCCAAAUGAACGCCCCGGCUCAACGCAUCCUCUCUGACUCACAGUCGGGUCCUACAGCAAGCUUGCGCUUUAACUUCAACAACUCGGACGAGAGCAGUGCUUGGUCGCCCACCUCCACCACACCAGAGUCCUGUGAGCCUGGCUCCGAGUCGGAGUACGCCCUCGCGAUACCCUCAACCGCGACGAACACGGAGAACGUCGACCCCAGAAGUGCCUCCCCGUCAUCCGCGCACUCGAUCGUUGACAUCAAAGAGGCGGCGUGGUUGUCAGUUGAGUUCUUGCAGGGGUUUGAGGCUACUGCCUACCUCUGAGCGCGGGCUCGCGUGGGAGGACAGGCUUCAUACCUCGCUCCGGCACGGUACCCGUAAUCGGUUCGUAUCUGCUCCUGGGGGGAAUCGCCUUCCCUAUCCCCUCAAAACAUCGCUUUCGUAUUUUAUCUCUCGCUAUCCCACCUGCUUGCGCGCACAUCUGCAUUGGUAUCAUCGCUUUUCUCUACAUAUCUCCAUACCCUCGUGCAUUUGAUACCUAUCCACCUGCUAGUGCUGUCCUCUGUAAGCGUUGUCUUUGUAUCGUAUUGCCUUGUUGUACUGUCACUGUGUUUC